AUGACUCGGCAUUUUUCCCUCCCGAAGAGGCUGCGAUCAAGGCCAGCGCUAAGCCUCGCCGUGGCCGUGCCUCCCACCCCUCACAUCCAAGCCGUUAUCGGUCGACCGUACUCCUCGUCCACGGCUUAUGAUGAUACCGUUUCAAAUUUGCGAAUAGGUAAGGAGACGCGUGUAAUAUUCCAAGGAUUCACGGGGAAAGCAGCCACGGCCAACGCUAAAGACACGAUUGCGUAUGGCACCAACAUCGUCGGCGGCGUCUCCCCCGGGAAAGGUGGGCAGAUCCAUUUAGACCGACCUGUGUUCAAUACGGUCCGAGAGGCCAUGGAGGCCGUCAACCCCGACGUCUCCUCCGUCUUCGUGCCCGCGCACUCGGCAGCAAAAGCCAUCAUCGAGGCAAUCGAAGCAGAAGUACCACUGGUGGUCUCGGUAGCUGAGCACAUCCCAGUCCACGACAUGCUGCGCGUCCACGAGAUCCUGAGAACCCAGAGCCGCACUCGGCUCGUGGGGCCCAACUGCCCUGGGAUCAUUGCUCCCCACCAGUGCCGCGUCGGCAUCAUGCCCUACCUGCAGUACGCGAGAGGCUGUGUCGGGAUCGUUUCCAAGUCGGGGACGCUGAGCUAUGAAGCUGUUGGGUCUACGACCAAGGUAGGGCUGGGCCAGAGUAUUGUCGUGGGCAUGGGAGGGGACAUGCUGUCCGGAACCACAUUGGCAGAUGGGUUGAGGCUCUUCUUCGACCAUGACGAGACUAAAGGGAUUAUUGUCAUCGGAGAGAUUGGUGGCGAGGCAGAGCUGAAGGCGGCAGACUUGAUCAAAGAGUACCGGCGUGCGACGCCAAACCCCAAGCCAAUCAUCGCCAUGGUCGCCGGAAGGACUGCGCCAGAGGGCAAGAUGAUGGGUCAUGCUGGCGCCUUCCUGUCCUCGCGUGACAUCUCCGCCGAGGCAAAGGUGAACGCUCUGGAAGAUGCUGGAGCCGUUAUUGUCCCGCAUCCUGGUGUGAUGGGCCAGAUCAUGAUGGAGCUUCUUGGGAAGAGAUGA